AAGUGACGUUGUAGGAAAUUGAACCGUUAAGCGAGGCUGACUCCAUCCUUCUUGUGCACACGCGAGUCUCCGAGGCGCGUGAAGCGAUCAUUGGAUGCUCGCGCGGGCUGGAAGACUUUGCAAAAGAUCUUGCGGAUCACUUUGAGAUAACUCCGCACAACAGGAAACGAGAGAAAGCGACGCCGUGACAGAAGCGAAACCUGCGCCCAUGAAGGAUUCUAGCACAAAAAAAGCAAACAUCAGCCAAACCGCGCUAAUGUCCUUGUGCCCCCGGUAGCUUGGACUCCCUCGGGUGUCCGUGAGCUGAGGCGAUGGAGAACCCGUCGUCCACAACGAGGCGGCGAGCCUGGAUCAACAGCAGCCGACAGGGGCCCACUCUGGAGGAGCCGGGCCCCGGCGGCCCGCCGCCUGUCCCCCCUUCUGCCUCUAUGGCUGAUGAUGAUGUCUUUUCUGACGGAUGCUUUACAGGAAAGAUUGAGAACUGGCUCCUGGGUUGUGGGUCAGAGAAGAGCAGUCAGCGGAGUUUUGAGUCUGUGCUGAAACCCAAUAACUUGGAUGAUGAGCUCAGUCUUGGAGCCGAUGCUUCUUUGUUAAAUGUUGGAGAGAAUACACUUGAAACUGACAUCGCACAGCAUCCCACCACCAAACAAGGUUCCAGCAGAGCCACCAGUACCCCUCGUCGGAGACUAUGUCUGCCGUCACUGAACUUGGGCCACAGCAUGGCCUCAAGCUACCUCUCCUCCUCCACCUGCACAUCAAGUACCGUAUCGGAGAUCCUGCAGUUGUGUUCGGAGGAUGCCGAGGAGACGCUGUACGAGCUGGGCUUCGGCCGGGAUGAGCCGCAGGUCACCGUUCGCAUCCCUCCGCGCUUCCUCCACUUCCCUUCUUUAUCCCAGGGCAUCAACUUCCGUGUCUUCCUAGACUCACAGCUACAGCGCAUACGAGAGGAAGACCCCAGCCUCUCUCUUGCUAGUCGUUUCAGACAAGUGCAAGUGCUCACAUCGAUGGCCAACGCGUUCUACUCCCUCUACUCUCACGUGUCCCGCACUCCCGUGCAGAAGCUGGCCACGCCGGAGUUCACCUUCUCCUCGUCCCCCGCCGAGAGGAUCGACCGCUUCAGGAGCACCGUCCGCAGCGAGCCCCGCUCUCCUGUGGAGAGGCUCAAGGACACCGUCUCCAAGAUGUGCCUCUACACGGGCUCUCCCCGGGGGUCCGACUCCACCUCCCCGCAGCCCUCGCCCGGCAAGAGGUCGAGCCUCGGCGACGUUGUGGAUAUAGUCCUUCUGAAAGUCAAGACCGGGGCCACCGAGGAAUUGGGUUCGGGGUCAAGCGAUUGGGGUAAAUCAGCCGCGGAUGUCCGGCUCGCGGCGCGCGCUGAGAUGCCACGUGACAGCGAGAACGAGGCGCCAGCGCGGCAGGCCGUGGCGGACGCGGACGUUUGUCACAGCGCAAGCGCAAUCCGUCACAAGGAGCCGAAGGGCAGUGAACGAACUGGUAACGGGGAUGCCGGUGAAAGCAGGACUCGCAGUGAAGGAACGUCCCUGGCGUCACUGACAGAAGAAACCGCACGGGAAGAAGAUGAUCAGUUUAUUUCCUAUCCGCGUGACACAAGGACUGCUGAUCUGCAACCAGUGGCAAAGAUUACUUAUGAUCAUAUCUGCCCGCAGAUAGUGGAAAGUGUUCACCAGACGCUUUUUUGCUCUCAGCACACACGCAGCACGAAAACAAACGCCUCCCCUCCGAGCUCCCCUCAGAGCGGGAGCACAGGUGGAGCACGCGUCGGCUCACACGGGCCCGAUGCACAGAGCGCUUUCUCUGAGUCCGCAUCCAGGUCACUUCCUGCCCUGGCCGCAAACGUUGGCCGCGCCCAGUGCUGCAUCACUGUGACUGGCUGGGAGGGGGACAACGUCUCGUCUACCGUCCCACCUGUCCAGGCCCGUGAGGAGACAUCUAACAUGUUGGAAAGCCGGUACCUGAAUCCACAGGCGCACCGGGGAUUUGGCGACGACUCCAGUAACCUGCAACAGGCAAACUCCUUUGAGCUAGAGGAGGUUCAGAGUGCAGGAGAAGAGGAUUUGGGACAAUUAGAAACUACACGAACAGCAACCUUACAGUCCAAAAACCAUCAAUACAAAGGUGACGUCGUAAGGGGCGACAGCAUGCAGUCAGACAGCAGCGGCUACGCAGACGAAGAAGUCAGCUCCUCCCCGAACGCACAGAGCAGAUGACUGAAAACUAUGUUGACUACGCUAAAUAGUUGUGUUUCUCCCGUG